AUGGAAACACCUAAUAUCUGUGCAAAAUUUAGAGAAGAAGAAAAAUCUGAUGAUUCAUCUCAGGUUUUGUACCGCAAAUCCUGAAUUGAGAAGGGAUAUACCUUAGAAUAUACUCCACAUAAAGGUGGAGAAACUUUGCUCGAAGGCUGGAACAAAGCAGCACAAUCCUUCCCUGACAACAACUGACUCGGCCACAUCGAAGGCAACAAAUAUGUCUGGAGGACCUACAAACAAGCUCUUCAUGAAGCCCAGUGCAUUGCUAAAGCACUAUUAACAGAAGGCUUGAUUCCCGAUGUUUGUGAUAACGAUAAAUCUUACAAAUUCAUGGGUAUUUACUCCAAGAACAGGCCUGAGUGGACCCUGGUCAACUGGGCGAUGUUCCAUUUCUCAGGAACUGUGGUCCCUCUGUACAACACGCUUGGCGAAGAGUCUUUGUGCUACUGAAUCAACCACACAGAACUCUCAAUUGUAGCAUGAGAUGGACCAUCUUUUCAGAAACUCCUGAGUCUUCACAAACAAGGCAAGAUCACCACACUUUACCAUAUAAUUGCAUUUGACGAAGUUUCAGAUGAAGACAUGCAGCAGGCUGAAGAACUCAGAGUGCAAGUCCACAUGUAUAAUGAUGUUGUCAAGAAAGGAGAAGCAGUCGGUGAUGAGAUAUUGGAAGAGAUUACUAAGUGAAUGCCUGAGACAACUGAGUCAAUCUUGUUUACAAGUGGAACAACUGGAGCACCUAAGGGAUGAAUCCUAUCUCAUAAAAACUAUUUAGCUGUGAUUUGAGGAAUGGAUGCUAAUAGAAUUCCAAUAAAUCAUGAGGAUAUAUAUCUUUCUUAUCUUCCUCUGGCUCAUGCUUAUGAAAAAUAGAAUAACCAGUUAUUUGCUAUGGAAAGGAGCUGCUAUUGGAUACUUCAAUGGAAAUUCUUCGACUGUGAUUAAGGAUGCUCAGCUUUUGAAGCCAACAAUUUUUCCAGCAGUUCCGAGAGUGUUAUGAAAAUUGUAUGAUACUGUCAAUAACAUGAUAGCUCAAAAGGAAUACUUAAAUAAACUAUACAAAGUUGCUUUAAAGCAGAAAACGCAUAGAAUCAAUAAAGAGGGAAAGCUUACUCACCUUCUUUGGGACUCUGUUUUGUUCAAUAAGCAUAAAGAAAUAAUUGGAGGGAGAGUCAAGCUCAUGCUCACAGGGUGUGCCCCAAUAUCGCCAGAGAUCUUAAGAACUAUUAAGUGAAACUUCUGUGUACAAGUGGGGCAAGGCUACGCUCAGACUGAAGCAGGGGGAGUAUGCUUCACACUUUCACAACUAGAUAUGACAUUAGGACUCGUUGGAGGACCAAAUCCAUGAAAUAAAUUAAAACUCCAAGAUAUUCCAGAUAUGGAGUAUUUCCAUACAGAUAAGCCAUAUCCAAGAGGUGAAAUAUGUGUCAAAGGCCACAAUGUUUUCCAAGGAUACUACAAAGCCGAAGUCAAAAACCAAGAAGCUUUCGAUGACCAAGGCUGGCUCCACACAGGCGAUGUAGCUGAAAUUAGACCUAACGGAUCUGUCAAAUUGAUUGAUAGAAAGAAGAAUUUGUUCAAACUGUCACAAGGAGAAUUUAUAUCUCCUGAGAAACUUGAGAAUAUUUACAACAAGUCUCAGUUUGUGGCCCAGAUCUUUGUGCAUGGGUUCAGCACCAUGAGCUACUUGGUGGCUGUGAUUGUGCCAGAUCCUGAAUAUCUCAAAAUAUGGGCAGCCAACAGAGGCCUGGAUACAGACUUAGGCACGCUUGUGGAGUCUCAAGACCUCAGAGAUGCCAUCCAGCAAGACCUAAACGACAGAACAAUCAAAGGAGGGUUGAACGGUCUUGAAAAGAUUAAGAAGUUCCAUCUAACACUGGAGAUGUUCUCAAUCGAGAAUGGGUUGUUAACACCAUCAAUGAAGUUGAUAAGGCACAGAGCAAAAGUGUCAUUUAAACCUAUAUUUGAGGAGUUAUAUACUGAGUAAUUCAACUUGUUGUCC